CCCCCCAACUCUGACGCGCUGUGCGUAAAAGCGCUUCAGUCGCGCCUGUGGGUCCAGAGCCGACAGAGGCGGAUCUGCGGCACGCAACGGAGAUGGUUUAACCCGAGAACGGCAGCCUGUCUGCGGCUGGUUCCUCUCUGUCCGGCGUCAGACAGCAGCGUGGACAUGACGGAGGAAACAAGCAGUGGAACUCAGACAGAAGCGCUUUUUAAUGACUUGGACUGAGUGGGAGACUCCGGCAGUGCGUGGAUUUGAACUCAUCCCAGCAGCGGAGAGUGGCGUGGCUGUCCCCGGAGAGGCGCGGAGCAGGCAGUGCGAGCUGGAAUGAAAUGGAGCUGCUGGCUGGACACGUAUGACCGGACAUGGAGGCCUUCGGUGAAGUCAACGCCACGCAGGAGGAGCUCCGGUUCCUCCCCCCGCCUGACAGUGACCCCAACAACCUUGGCUACCAUGAUUACUCUCCGAAUAUCGGCAUCCCUCCCCCGGUUCUGCCCACAGGAUUCGAGGGAGUGAAUUUUCCAGAAGACCCCAUCCGACUGCUGAGUGUUCAGGUGGUGUUGAUUUUGGCCUACAGCACCAUCAUCGUGCUGGGGGUUCUGGGUAACUCUCUGGUCAUCUAUGUCAUUUAUCGCUUCAAGACACUGCGAACCGUCACCAACUUCUUCAUCGCUAAUUUGGCCGUUGCCGACCUGCUGGUCAACACGCUGUGCCUCCCCUUCACCUUGGUCUACACGCUGCAGGGAGAGUGGGAGUUCGGCAGCACCCUCUGCUUCCUGCUGCCGUACGCCCAGGUCCUCGCCGUGCACGUCUCCACGGUGACGCUCAAUGUCAUCGCCUUGGACCGCCACAGGUGCAUCGUGUACCACCUGGAGACCAGGAUGAGGAAGGACGUGUGCUUCGGGGUGAUAGCUCUGACCUGGGCGCUGAGCGCUGUGCUCGCCAGCCCCAUGGCCAUCUUCAGGGAGUACGGCUCAUUCACGCUGGAGCCUGGGCACACCAUACAGUUCUGCAGGGAGAAGUGGCCCGGUAAAAGCACAGAUGGUACCCUCUACAGCAUCUCCAUGCUGAUCCUGCAGUACUUCCUGCCCCUGUCCAUCAUCUCCUUCGCCUACGCCCACAUCUGGUCCAAACUCCGUGGCCACGUCAGCCCGGCGGAGAGCGGCGUCAACAGCAGCGCCAGCUCCGAGCGACACCGCCGGCGCCGCAAAACCACCAAGAUGCUGGUGACCAUGGUGGUGGUGUUCGCCGUUUGCUGGCUGCCCAUCCAUGCCUUCCAGCUGGCCACCGACAUCGACAGCUCUGUGCUGGACAUGCGCGACUACCGCCUGCUCUACACCAUCUUCCAUGUCAUCGCCAUGUGCUCCACCUUCGCCAACCCUCUGCUGUAUGGCUGGAUGAACCGCAACUACCGCGCUGCCUUCCUCGCCGUCUUCAAGUGUCGCCGAGAUAGGGGCCGGAGCGGCCGCCUUGACAGCAUUCAUCCAGUCGGAGGCGCCGACGGAGGAAGGGCCAAGAAGAAAGUCCUGGAGACGCAAGAUCCGGUUUCUGCACACCUGAACGCCACCGACGUGUGAUGUUCUGUCACUCCUUGGAGGUAGACGGAGAAAAAUGGAAGGAGGAAAAUAUAGAUGUUGGAAGGUUGUAGAGAAGGGAAGAAAUUCCAUAUGGAGUUAGAAACAAAGCGGAGAUAAAGGCGGGAGAGAAAAUAGCAACAAGGGAUGGGAAGAAAGGCGGUGGGGGGGAUUAAAAAGAUUUUCUGGAACCCGAAAUAGAGGAGAACACAGAGAUGAUGAAGGAUUAGAGGAAGAAUGACAGAAGAACAGCAGAUGAAUGAAUGACUCAAAGCAUUUAUGGAACAACUGAGGCGGCGUCUCUUUGAAGACGUGACCUCGACAUGAUGGAGAACUCCCAAACGAGGAGGAGGAGGAGGUGUUCUCUAGGGCAUUGGUUCACGUCAAAUUCAUCUCCAUCAGACAAGUUCAUGAGUGAAACCGUUCAUCACAAGAAGGAAGGACUGGAAAGUUUUUAUUGUGCCAGAAACAGGGCGUUACUCAUUUAACCUAGAGUGGCUUAUAGACGUCCCACAGCAGUCAGAGGCUGCCUCCACACGAGGAAGGCAGAACACGUUCCUGUGCCAUGAAGAUGUGGGUUUGGACAGAGCCGAAGGAGACGGAUGAUGCAAACUCUGUGUUUUGUUACAUGAAUGACAAAAGUGGUCAAAUGUAAACGGCUUAUGUAGAAAGAGGAAGGUUUUUAGAUGAAGGAGAAGAUGCCAAGAAGGAGAAACAAAAGGUCUGAGGAAGAGCGAGAUGAGAGAGUCAUAAGCUGUGGGAUAAUGAGGCAGCAGAAGAAAAACAAUGAUGUGUUUUAAAUAAACUGGUUCUGAUUAUAGCUGAAAAAGAUCCUUGCUUCUAAGCAACACAUGAAUGUUCAAAAAGAAAAAGCUCAAUUGACUGAUUCAGUUGCAACUUUAUUAUUUUUGAUAAAAUGUUUGUUAAUUUCUGCUGUAAAUGUGUGACUUCAGUCUGGCUUUUUAAAGAAAUAUGAGUACCA